AUGACUCAAGGGCCAAAACCUCAAGGGAAAACUGUGGAUGUUAACCUCGUGCCACAAGAUCAGUGUGUGAGGACCCUCCAGUUGUCACCAGGACCAGAGCUACAAAAGGGGGGCGACUCUGCCUCAUCUUCAGCAGCACAGCCUCAGUGUGUGGAAGCUGUGCCCUUGCACCAUGGACCACAGCUUGAAAACGCAAAAUCUGUCCUCCAAGAUAAGACACCUAUGCAGAAUCUUGGGUUACAGCCUCAAAGUGUCGCUUCCGAAGAGUUAAAACCCUUGGCACAAGAAAGGGACGUGAAGACAUCUGAGGAGUCGACGACCAGGCCCAAAACGGAACCUUUCCGGUCAGCUCAGGAAUGCUUGUCUCCUGGGCUCAAAACAAUUGAUUUGAAAUCUGAGUUACCGUUUAGAAAUGUGAAAGCAUGUGACCCCAUCUUAAGGUCAAUGAUCAGUAAUGUAAAACCAGUGACAUUCAAGCCCAGGCUCCAUAUGGAAGACGGGAGCUCUCCUGAAUUGACCCCUGGGAUACAGUCACAAGAAGCGAAACCCUUAAAGUCAUCCCCGGAAACACAGCCUCAAGACCUGACAUCUUCAGUGUUCAAACAAGAGUCGCAGUCUUCAGAAGUGAAAUCUGGAGUAUCAGGCCAAGGGCCGCAGUCACAAAACAAUAAAAACAUAGUUUUGAAGAGUGAGAAAUCCUCUGGGUUGGCACUCCAGACGAAGCCUCAAGGUUUGAAAUCUGAGCCCCAGGGGCAAAGUGCAAAAUGUUCCGACUUGACCCCUGAGACAAAGUCCCAAAAUACACAAUUUAAGUUCAGCGCCGGCUCGCCGUUGAAAAGUAAGCCAUUUACUAAUUUAAUCAUGGGGACCAAAAUUGGAAGGGUCAAGCUAGACCCUAAGCCUGGGCCACAGUCCCAAGGUAUAAAACCGGACUCAGUUCUGAAGACAAAGCCUCAAGAAAUGGAGACGGAAGACUACGGAUUGGGCCCGCAGUUACAAGAUCUGCAGUCUUUGCGGACCAUCAUGGGUGUAAAAGUCCAAGAUGUCAAAUCUAUGGCCUUCAGUCCUAGACCACGCUUAGAAAGUUUACCACCUGAAGUCAUCACAGAGAAGAACGUUCUUGGUAUGAAACCAGCAGAAAUCAAACCUAGUCCCAAAUUACAAAGUGAGAAACCUGAGAUUACCCCAAGGAAGUUGUUUUUAGGCACAAAAUCUUUAGAGUUGGAUUCAGGCCUUAAUUUGCAAGAUUUGAAAUAUCCUGAGCUGAUCAUGGGCAUGAAACUUCAAGGGGUAGACUCCAUGGAACAACACUUGACACGUAUAAAGCCUUCUGAGGUGAUCCCGGAAAUAAACUCUCAAGGUGUAACAGCAGUGGACUUCGACUCUGGACCACAGACACCAAAUAAAAAGCCUUCUGAGUUUGUUCAAGGGGAAAAGCUCCAAGAUAAGGAAUCUGUAGAGUUUAAUCAAGGUCUAAAGUUACAAAGUAUGAUUGUCGAGUCAGUACCAGAGACAAAGCCGCAAGAUGGGGAAUCUGUAAAGUUAAACUUAGGCCCUCAGAUGCCAGAUAAGAAAUAUUCUAAGUCAGUUCUGGGGACAAUGCUUCAAGAUGGAAGGUCUACAGAGGCCAAUUCUGGCCCACACUUACAGGGUGUAAAGCCUUCUGAAGGGAUUUCAGGGGACACAGUUCAGAAAGAGAAACCUGUGGGCCCUGUGUUUAAGCCGCUGGAGCAAAAUGAAGACUCUUUUAAAUGGAUUUUCUCUAAGGCACUUGAUGGGAAACCUUUGCAGUUCAAGUUACCCUCUGAGUUACAAGACAGGAAACUAUCUAAGUUAAAACCAGAUCUUCAAGAUAUGAAGCCUGAGGCAUUCAACCCUGGACUAAAGUUGGAAGAUGUGAAAGCUAAGCCCACAAACCCACAAACAACAGAGAAUGAGGAGGUCAGUUAUGAUGCAGACUUGCAUGUUGUGGGAUUCUCUGAGUUGGUACCAAUUUAUAAUGUGGUACCUUCUGGACUCAAAGCCAGAAAUCAGAAGCGAAAUGAGAAACCUCACAAAUUAAGUCAGAAGCUUCAGCUUCAAAGUGUGAAGCCGUAUAUGCCACAGGUCAAGUCAUCAGACUUAUGUACAAAGCUUCAACACCUGAGAUCAAUGGAAUUCAACCCUGGGCCACAGUUGCAAGAUGUGAAGUCCUUUGAGUUGGGCCCGGGAACAGGUACACAGCCUUUAGGGUUCAACCCUAGGCCACAGUUGCAAGAUGUGAAGUCCUUUGAGUUGGGCCCGGGAACAGGUACACAGCCUUUAGGGUUCAACCCUAGGCCACAGUUGCAAGAUGUGAAGUCCUUUGAGUUGGGCCCGGGAACAGGUACACAGCCUUUAGGGUUCAACCCUGGACCACAGUUGCAAGAUGUGAAGUCCUUUGAGUUGGGCCCGGGAACAGGUACACAGCCUUUAGGGUUCAACCCUGGACCACAGUUGCAAGAUGUGAAGUCCUUUGAGUUGGGCCGGGAACAGUACACAGCCUUUGGGUUCAACCCUAGGCCACAGUUGCAAGAUGUGAAGUCCUUUGAGUUGGGCCGGGAACAGUUGCAAGAUGUGAAGUCCUUUGAGUUGGGCCCGGGAACAGGUACACAGCCUUUAGGGUUCAACCCUGGACCACAGUUGCAAGAUGUGAAGUCCUUUGAGUUGGGCCCGGGAACAGGUACACAGCCUUUAGGGCUCAACCCUGGACCACAGUUGCAAGAUGUGAAGUCCUGUGAGUUGGGCCCGGGAACAGGUACACAGCCUUUAGGGCUCAACCCUGGACCACAGUUGCAAGAUGUGAAGUCCUUUGAGUUGGGCCCGGGAACAGAGGAGAAACCAGUGAUGGCGGCGUCACCACAGUUCACCAGGAAGCUCUUCGGACCAGCACUGACUAGCGUCAAAUUUUCAAAUUUGUCACUGAAACCACAGCAGCAAAAUAAGAAAUCUUUGGCUUUUACUUCAGAGCCAAAGUGUCAAAAUGUAAAACAUGUAAAAUUGUCAUCAGUGUCUUUGCCAGACACUGAAAAACCUGUGCAGUUACCACCAAAAUCGAUCCUUCAGAGUGUGAAACGUGGGAACCUAAUGCCCCAGACAACUGACCCAGUCACAAAGUCCUCUGAAGUCAAAUAUAGACCAAAGCGACAGGUGGUAGACUUUUCAGAGAUGAGUAUGAAGCCUAGGAGUCAAGUCCCUAAAUCGGUGAACUUUAUGUCACCACCAAUUUGUCAAGAUGUGGAGUCUUUAGAUAUGGCAAAAGGGUUGGGAUAUGAAAGCCAAGAAAUGAUGGAGAGAUCUAUGAGCUUGAGCUCCAAACCAACAGAUAAAGAUAUAGAAUCAUUAGAGAUGCCCCUGGAGAUGGAUAUUCAAGUAACAGAAUUGGUUGAUCUGACUCCAACACCAAGUGAUCAAGAUUCAGAAUGCUCAGAACCAAACCUCCAGAAAAGCCACCAGAGUCCAAAAACUCCUGAGUUACAUUCUUGGUUGUGUUCUCAAUUUCAAGGUUUCAAGAAGUUACAGACAAAAGAAAUUCCAGAAUCUGAUAAAAUGACCCUCGACUUCAAGAAUCAUGAUGCAGACACGAUAGGGUUGACUUGUGAAGCAAGGCAGCAAGGGGAAGAAUUUCCUAGAAUGUAUCCAAAGCCAGUAAACAGAGAGACUGGAUUUGUAGAAAAAUCUCCAAGGUUAUGUCUUCAAGACUUAGGACUUCUGGGGUUGGGCUCUAAGAAAAGAUCUCAAGGGGGGCAAUCUGUAGUAUCAACACCAAGGCCAGUCUGUCACACCCCAGAUUUUGCUUCAGGGAUAACACCAGGGCCAGAACCUCAUAUUCUCAAAUCUAGAAAUUUGGCCUCUAUGCCGUGGCUGCAAAAAGAAUCCCCUGAGUUGUCAUGGAAGCAAACCAGUGAAGUUGUGGGAAAUAAUGACUCUGUAGAGCUCACCUUUGGUACAUGGCAGCCAGGCGGGGUAGCAGCUAAGCUAAGAAAACUUCAGAAUCUGAGCUUGGAAAAUGCAAGCAUCACUUCGCUAGAAUCACCGGAUCAAAUGAUAAACUUUGUAGGGAUUAGUCCAAAGCCACGAGAUCAAGUGACAGAAUCUGCGAAGACACAGCUUCCAGUUCCUCAAUCAGUUGCCCUCCCAAAAGUUUCUGAAUCUGUGGAAGUGAUACCUGGACCACCACUUCAAGUUACAAAGUCUGUGAUGAUUCCAGAGACUACCUCUCAAGAGUCAAAAUACAAUGAUUUGACUCCCAGAACACACGAUGUGGUAAGUUCAGCAUUUGCUCCAAGCCUUUGGCUACAAAAUGUGCAAUCCAAGAAAUUAAUCCGAGAGCCCACACAUCAGGUUUCAGAAACGAUACGAAGACAAGGCUUUCGAGUUAUAAAGACUGUAUUAAUUCCCAAACCACUGCUUCUGGUUGUAAAAUCUGAAGAAGUGGCACCAGGACCAUGUCCUCAGGUUGUAGAACCAAUAGGACUCACCAUGAGAUCGAACAUUAAAGUAAAGGAGUGUUUAAAUUUGCCCCCAAAACCACAAGACCUGGUUAAACCUAUGGAGUUAACUUCAAGGGCAGAGAGUAAAGUGACUCCUGCAGAAUUAAUCUUUCCACAAACAUCUCUCCUUAAGGAACCUACAGUGUUAAUUCAUGAGCAAAGGCUUCAGGCUGAAAAAUCUCUAGGCCUCAAAACAGAGUCUCCUAAAGUCAUGAAAACUGAGGAUCCAAAUCAAGGAUCGGUGUGUCAGAAUAAAGACUCAAAGAUGAUCACAUCAACAACGUUACAGGCAGAGAAUUACUUAUCUAGGUUCAUACACAGCCCUUCAAUCCAAUUUCUUUCAAGCGGUGACCAAACAACUGAAUUAGAGCACUUUCAGGGUUCUGGGGUGCCAGAAGUUCCCAGAGCUUUUAGUAUGAAAAAUCUUGGUGUUGGUAUUUUGCAGUCUUCAAAGUCCUAUGCAGACACUAUUAUGAUAAAAUCUUCAGUUCUUCCCUUGGUCCUUCAAAAUUUACCUUCUGAUAAGACAGGGGACACUGAGGGAACCUCAUAUCCUGAGAUCUGGAGCAUGAAUAUCUUAUCUAAGGAAGAAGCUGAAAAGGAGAAAAUGGAAGAAUUCCAGAGGUAUUCUUCAUAUUCAUUGAGAUUACUAUCAGAGGAGUUCCAGGCAGGAUUAGGGGCUCGAAGAAGCUCUAUCCGUUCUUUUCUGGGCAUACAACAGAAUGUCUGGGAAAGUCAUGUCAGUAGGCAGAGACUACCUAGGAGAUAUCUUUCCAGUAUGCUAAUGCUGGGGAAUGUCCUGGGAACCACUAUGGAAAGGAAGCCGUGUUCUCAAUCAUUUUUAACAGAAGGAUCCACUAUGGACAUCUGUCAGUCGAUUCAGAAUUUAUUUGGGGUUCCAGCUGAACUGAUGGAAUUUUCUCAAAGCCUGUUAGAGAGGGGUCCGAGGACCAUUUCUCAGGCUUCAGUGGUUAAAAACUAUAUUCAGAGACAUAUUUUAUGUCACAGUAAUGAGAAGAAAAUGCCUUUAAAGAUGUGGACGCGUGGCUCCACAUCUUCCAUAAUACAGCAGUACUCUGGUACUCGAGUAGGAGUCAAGAAAACAAGCUCAAAGCUCAGUGAUAUACUCCAGGAAGUCACUGAGCAUGUGUCUGUCUCAUGCACCAGGGCCCCGUUUCCUGCCUUGAUGAAAUCAGAGUCUACUCUUGAGAUAGUCUACACGAGGGAAGAUUCUGUUUCCAUGGAGCAGAGUAAAAUACCACCAUGCGUUUCACCGACUAGGACUUUUGCGUCUCAGCAUUCCCUGAAGACAAGUUCUCUCUCUCAGUCCAAAACCGAUAUCUCAGAACAACUCCAAUUGCUAAAAGAUCUACAGCUAAAAAUCGCAGGAAAACUCCUAAGGAGUCAAAUACCCCACAAUGUCCCUCCACCUCUAGCGACAGGUCUUGUCCUAAAAUAUCCCAUCUGCUUACAGUGUGGCCGGUGUUCAGGAUUUAAUUGCUGUCAUAAGUUACAGUCUGCCUACGGGCCGUACCUCCUUAUCUAUCCACAGCUCCACCUUUUAAGCACCCCUGAAGGCCAUGGUGAGAUUCGGUUGCAUCUUGGAUUUAGAUUACGAACUGGGAAAAGACCUCAAGUCUCAAAGUACCACGGAAAAAACCGAGCGGAUGCUCGGAAGAGUGCCGCAUCACCAUCACGGAGGAAAGCUAGAUUCUCUACAACGCCUUCCAAGAGUCCUACUCCUAGGGGAACGUUCCAGUCCGGAUCUUCCCCGUCUCCUGCUUCUGUACAAUUCCACACUCAACAAAAGCAAUGGUAUAGCCCUGGUGUGGUAGGAAAGGCAACAGCCAAAGACUAUGAAUUCUGUCAGGUUCACUCCGUAUCAGAGAGUGAGUAUGAAAGCAAUCAGGAUGAAAAAUGGAUUAAGUCAAGCCUUAGAAAGGCCUCUGUCUUAACAUAUCCAGUGAAGAAAAUCACCAAGGGACCUAAAAUGCAAAACACAAGGCUCUACAAAAUCAGUACAAAAGAGGCCCAUUCUAGAACCCUGAAGGGUGUGACAAGAAACAGAAUUGGAACCACUCAAACAAACUCUGUUUCUACCAAGAGACAACCUAAGAAAUCCUCCCAGCCCAAAUUCAUCCAACUGCUCUUUCACGGCCUGAGGCAGGCAUUCCAAGCGGCACACAGAAUUGUGACUUUUACUGGACAGAAACUUGAGUAUAAGAUGAGGCCAGACAAUUUGUGGUCAGUCAAAAACUUGCACCCCAAACAAAGAGCCAAGGAUUAUAACUUAAUGGGAGAUAGCAAAGGAACCAGGACACCAGUUGUCAGGCACAGGUCAACAAGCGCAACCCCUAAGCAAAAGGACAAGUUGCAGGGAGCAAGUGAGCGCUAUAGACAAGCUCAACAGCCCAAACAAGUGAGCCCUCUCAUACCCAAACCCUCGCAAUUGCCGCAGACCAUGGUUUGUGAAAAAGAUGUCUUUAACCAAGCUACUUCAGUCCCAGAACCUGUGAAGAGAAUUCAAAAUGUCUAUAUUAUAGCAAAGAAAACCUGUAGUGAUGAAAUAUCCACUCCAGUUUCUAAAGUAGGAGCCAAAUUUCAGGUCCAAGAGAGGAUUGUAUCUAACCACCUCUUGAAGGGAACCCUGCAGAGUCACUUUGAAAAGAAACCCAUAAACAAGGAAGAACAACAAGGCUUGUUCGGGGAGAAAACCCUAUGUAAUAAGCCAUCUGAAAGGACCCAUAGCAGGCUUCCUCAGAGAACUCAUCGACGAAGUCUCUCUGAGAGGAGACAUCAUAGUCGUCCUCAGAGAAGGCAUAGCAGUCCCUCUGACAGAACCCUUAGAAGUCUUUCUGAGAGGAGUCAUCGCAGCCCCUCCCAGAGAAAUAGUCUUAGUUCCUCUGUAAGAACCUAUCACAGUCUUUCUGACAGGAGCCAUCACAGUCUCUUUAAGGGGAGAGGUCACAGUCCCUCAAGGAGGAACCGUCGCAGUCCCUCAAGGAGAAGCCCUCGAAAUUCCUUAAGAAGGAGCCCUCACAGUCCCUCAAGAAGACGUCCUCACAGUCCCUCAAGGAGGCAAUCUCGAAAUCUUUCCGGGAGUAGCCAUCACAGUCCCUCAUGGAGUAGCCUUCGAAGUCCUUCAGGGAGACCUCGCAGUCCCUCAAGAAGUCCUCGCAGUCCCUCAAGGAGAAGUCCUCGCAGUCCCUCAAGAAGUCCUCGAAGUCCCUCAAGAAGUCCUAGCAGUCCCUUAAGGAGGAGCCCUUACAGGCGCUCAGGGAGGAGCCCUCACAGGCGCUUAGGGAGGAGCCCUCACAGGCGCUCAGGGAGGAGUCCUCACAGUCUGUCAGGGAGGAGCCCUCACAGGCGCUCAGGGAGGAGUCCUCACAGUCUCUCAGGGAGGAGCCCUCGCAGGCGCUCAGGGAGGAGUCCUCGUAGACCUCUAGAGAGAAGAAGACACAGUCCCUCUGUGAAGAAGAGUCUACACAGUCUGUCUGAGGGGAGCCAACAGAGUCCCUCUUCUCUGAGAUGCCCCAGUCCUUUGCAGAGGUCACUGGGCAGUCAUUCAGAAAAGAGCCCUGCCCCCUCGGAAGCAGCUAGGCGGAAGUAG